AUGGAUCCUCGAGUUCGCCAAUUAUACAAAAGCCUUUUGUGGAUGGGUAGAGACUAUCCGUAUUCUCGCAGGCAAGGAAUUAAAUACUUUCGAACCAAGUUGCACCGGGCAUUCAUGAGCCAAUCUCAUCUUCAACACGAACUGGACAUUAUAAGGGCUUUGCAUAGGGGGGAAUAUGUCAUCAAAGAACUAGAAGCGUUGUACUUUCUCUCUAGGUACCGUGCCGUGAAGAGAAGUUACUAUGACUAA